UUUAGUAAUUAUAAUAGCCAAAUUAAAAUUCCUCAGUCGACAGUUCCAAGGCUCAGCUCUCAUCGCUAAGAUGCUAACUCCUGCAAACUCUUGCUAACCAAAAAUUCCAAAUCAUUGGUGAACGAAGGAUCUGAAGAACAGGUGAUUAAGAUGAUGAAACUCAUGUCCUAAAUUCCCAAAUCCCCAAAUCCAUUUGUUAACCAAAAAUCCCCAGAUCUCGAUUGCUAACCCAAAACUCCUAAAUCCCCAAAAUCCCAGAAUCCAUUUGUUUCACUCGAAGGAUCUGAAGAACAGAGGAAUAAUUUAAAGGCAGCGAUUACAGGUGAAGAAUAUUUCAAUCGCCAGAAAGUUUCGACCCAAAAGGCAAUCAGUGAGAAAUCAACUUCAGUUGUUUUCAUGGCUGCUGGCUAAGUGCCUUUCGCAUGGUUGUUUCUUUGACGAGUAGUUGCCGGACUUCGUGUAGAGCAGUCGAUGAUGAUAAUCAUGAAAAUCAGCCCUGGGAAGAAUAAUAGCAUAUUAUGACAUGCUUCAAUUUUGCAGGAUUUAGAAUCUGGUAACAUUAUUGUAGAUACUGAAUUAAUUGAGAGAGAUUUGGGAUCCUUUUGUUCGGUUGUUGAGGCCCAACCUUUCUCCAACGUCCUCUUCUGGUUCAGUUGUGCUGCAUUUUAAGGUGGGAGGCAGUGAAACUGACAGAAUGUCACUGCUUGCGUUCAAGAAUAUGAUCAUUCGUGAUCCCUUGAGGAUCAUGGACUCAUGGAAUGAAACCAUCCAUUUCUGUGACUGGCCUGGUGUUUCUUGUGGUCGCCGUCACAGACGAGUCACUGUUUUGGAUCUUAGUUCUCUGAAACUGAGAGGUACUUUUUCACCAAGUAUUGGAAAUCUGAGCUUUCUUCAUGUCCUUGAGCUCCAAAAUAAUAGCUUUUCAGGUGAAAUCCCAUCAGAGCUUGGCUAUUUACAUAAGUUACAGGUUUUAUGCCUUGACAAUAACUCAUUCACUGGUCAUAUUCCUUCAAACAUUUCUGGUUGCUUCAACCUUUUUUCUGUUGUUCUUUCAUAUAAUAUGCUGGUAGGCAUGAUUCCAGCAGAAUUAGGCACCUUGUCGAAGCUUCAAGAACUUUUUCUUGUUUCUAACUAUUUUAUAGGAGGUAUUCCGCCUUCUUUUGGUAAUCUUUCUACACUUGAUACAUUUUUGGCAAGCAAGAACAAUUUGGUAGGCAAAAUACCUGAUGAGUUAUGUCAAUUGCCCAACUUAAAGUACUUUGUAGUAAACGAGAACAACCUGAGUGGAACCUUGCUUCCUUGUCUUUUCAAUCAUUCAUCUAUGGUAGCCAUUGAUGUUGGAACAAAUCAUAUAGAAGGGAAUUUGCCUCCAUUGUUUGGUAUUACACUGUUCCCAUGGCCUUAGCUGGCUGUGUAUCUGCCAAGGUAAGUCUUCCAUCUUUUUCUGCUGAAACUGUGAUUGCUUCUAGUAUAGGAAAGAACAGAUAAAUAAUUUAGAAAAGAAUGAAGGGAAUUUCAGAAGUUGUUAUCUGUUGAAACAAGUAAGAGUAGAGACACUUGCUUGCACUUCAUGUAAUGUUCACUUGCUGACUGAUUAAAUGUUCACUUGCUUGCUACAUUUUCAAGGAUUGAUGCAAUAAGGUGAGCUUAUGGUGUGUCAGUCACCCAAAAAUCUGAUGAAAUUACAAGUUUGUAGUGUUGGUCCAUUUGGGAGUUGUGGAAUUUGAUAAUGUGGUUCUUUUUUAAUUGCAACAAUUGCAACAAAUGUUGAUUACUGGAAUGCUAACCUAUAUUGUUGGUUUUGCUAACCUAUUUUUGUUUGGCAAGUGUUUGGUUGGACUGCUGUAGUUUACUAGUUUAUGAUGUUUGGUAUUAAGUUGCCUCUGUUUGGUAGGUAUUUGGUCGGACUGUUGUGCUGCUCUUUAUGGUUUUUCAGUUUUGAUUCUUAGGAUUGAAUUGUUUUCCAUUAAAAAAAUGAACUGAGUAAAAGAGAGAGUGUGAGCACGUGAUUUUUGCCCUAUAUGAAAUACUCCCAUAGUUUCAAAACAAAAUAAUUUCU